AUGGAGGACGCAACUGCGCUGGAGCUGGAAGUGGCGGCGACGCGGCGCAGGCUGCAGGAACUCGAGCGCCGGCUGAGCGAAAGCCGCGGCGCCGCGGCGCCGCAAGCCGUGACCGACGGCGGCCACGUUGCACGCAAAGAAAAUGUGGGUGGCAUGUGGAAGUCUUUUGUUAGCGCGGCGGAGUCGUUAACGAAGGCAGAUGUGGAGCGCUACUCGCGGCAGAUGAUGGUGGAGGGCGUCGGCGCCACCGGCAUGGAGCGCAUCCGCCGCGGGCGUGUGCUGCUGGUGGGUGCGGGCGGCUUGGGAAGCACCAUAGCGCUUUUCCUUGCGGCCGCCGGCGUGGGUGAGCUGCAGAUUGUCGACUUUGACGUGGUGGAGCUGAGCAACCUGCACCGCCAGGUGAUACACACAACCGACCGCGUCGGGUGGAAAAAGGUGCAGAGCGCGGCAAGUGCAUGUAAUGCAAUUAACCCAGACACUGUGGUUGUUCCCCUGCCGUUGAUGUUCGACGCAUCCAACGCGGAGGAUCUUGUGCGGGACUGUGACGUCGUGGUGGAUGGAACGGACAACGUUGCGGCGCGCUAUUUAAUUAAUGACGCCGCCGCCCGACAGCAAAAACCUGUCGUGAGCGGCAGUGCGAUGCGCUGGGAUGGUCAACUGUCGGUGUAUGGGUAUAACGGUGGCCCAUGUCUGCGCUGCCUUUUUCCUGUUCCCCCGCCGCUAGAGGCGGUCGGCAGCUGCAACGACACAGGUGUUAUGGGUCCGGUGCCUGGCUGCAUCGGUAGCUUGCAGGCGAUGGAGGUGCUGAAGAUUUUGGCGCAGGCCGGGGAUGUGCUUUCGGGGCGCAUGCUUGUCUUUGAUGGGCUCCGCUUCCGCAUGCGCGUUGUGCAGCUUCGUGGUCGACAAGCGUCAUGCCCGGCGUGUGGCGAUGCGGCGGACAACAGUAGCGGGCUACAGCAGCUCUUGGCGGAGCGUCCCGAGUACAUUGGGGCGUCCUGUGUGUCUGGCUCUGCGUUGAGUGCGCAGCGCCUUCUCGCAGAGGCGCGAAGCUCGCCGAAGGAGCUCUUUGCAUGUCUUCAACGCGCGGGGGCGUCCGCUGCGGCAAACGGCUUGAUUUUACUCGAUGUGCGUGUGCGACAGCAGUACGACAUGGCCCACCUCCCCACCGCCGUCUCACUGCCGCUGACGCAGCUCAAGAAGUGGCAGCUUGACGGUGUGCUGAGGGAGGAGUGGGAUCGGUUUGCCAGUUGCCACCUCCCUGGCACCGACGGCUGCGUGACGGUUUUUGUGCUCUGCCGCAGAGGGGUCUGGUCGGCCGAGGCCACCCAAAUUCUCCUGUCGCUUGAGCCACACUGCGGCGCGGGGGACGGUGGCGGCGUCGACGCCGCAACGCGGCGAUAUCGCUUUUUGAACGUGGACGGGGGACUUAACCGGUACCACCAGGAGGCGGACAACAGCUUUCCUUUUUACUAA